AGUAAACACUAAACGCUAGUUGAAGUUUGCCCUCCCUAGUCCCUUCAAUUAAAAAGUAUAUUGGUUAUGAUUUAAUAUUAAUUAUUAUUAUAUGUUUAUCGCCAUAAUACAUACAAUACCAUAAAUCAUUACAAUAUCAUUGUAUUCGUUUUUUUAAAACGUUAUUGCAAUUAAAAAUAUCAGUUUAGUACGUCGUAAGUAACCCUAGUUCCAGCUGACAACAAGAAAAUGGCACUAAAACUCUGUAAAGGAGGUUCUCAGAUAACUUUUUCAGACGAUGUUAGGUGUUGUGUACCGUUAUGUGGAGCUACUAGAGAUGGAAAUCGCUCUUUACCAUUUUACACUUUUCCUAGUGAUGUUACACUGUGUAAAGAGUGGGUGGAUGAAAUCCAACUUCCCAUUGAAGGUUUACAAAAUUUACAUAUUACUCAUAAGGUGUGCUCAAAACACUUUACAUUGUUUAAAGGUGGAAUGAGGUUAAACGUUAGAAGCUCUAUUAUUCAAAACACUGAUAAUACAGAAUCCAAUCAAAAAACAAAUUCUACUGGCACACAAACAUAUGAUGAACAUUGGAUUAAAAAUCUCAAAGAAUCUGGAGUAGAUAUUAUAUGUGACAAUUAUACUCAAUGUAGGCUAUGUGCUAGUUGUUCAGUUCAAAUGUUGAGCAUAUAUAAUAAGCGCAAUCAAAAUUUAAAGUUGGAAACAUUAGUCAAUAAGUUACUGCCAAUCCAAGUUAAUCCUAAAGAUUCAAAGCCAUUAACCAUUUGUGUACAAUGUGUUUUAAAGCUCGAACAAUUUGAUGAUUUGUUCAUUCGUUGUAGCCAAAAUGAUAAAAGCUUUGAACGUUCUAGAGUAAAUGUAAGUGAAACACAUCAGUCAGUUAUCUGUAAAGCGCAAAAACAACAUAUUCCUACGAAUAAUAAUAAUAGCAACGAUUGUGACCAAAUUGUACCACACAAUAUCACUGAUGAAUAUUCGCCAAUGGGUACAAAUAAGUUAACAUUAGAUUUUAAUACUGCUAAUCCCAGUGAUUUUAUUAAAAUGGAAUCCCGAAUGCAUAAAAUCAAAAUAUUGAUAGCAGACAAACAGUACAUAAAUGCACAUGCUGUACCUAUACCUCACCAAAGGUCUUCUAACAAUAAUAAAAUAAUAGAAGUAGAGUUUAAAGCAGAUUAUAUUUUAUGUCAUGGGAGAGAAUGGGUACAUGGAAUUCAUGUAGAUGUGAAACAAUUAGAAUACACCCAAGAGACAAUUGAUCAAAUACUACAAGUUAUCAAAGUUACAAUGAAGAAACAAUGCGCAGAAACCAAUUCAAAGAUGACUCCGUUACCAAUUUCAUCAUCAUCUUUAGAAAGAUGUAUAUCGCGUCAAGCAAAUAAUAUGCGAACUGAGUCUGUGAUAAUUGAUGCUAAAAAACAAAUUAAUGACGAAAUAAAAAAAAAAGCUGCUGAAAUGUUAAUGAAGAAAGAACCAUUGAAAAGAGGUUGGAUAUGUAAAAAAUGUGGUUUAAAACUUGAAACAAGACAGUCAUUUAUUGCACACACUAGAUUUAAUCAUCCAAGACCCUGUAGGUACUGUGGUGAACAUAUAACUCCACGGGAUCAACUUUGUCUUCAUGAAAAAGAACAUCGAAAACCAACCACUGAUGGCUUCAUUUGUCAUUUAUGUGGCCGCCAGUUUAAAACACUAAGAAGCCUAAACAUACAUUACAGUCAACAUAAGAAUCGUGAACGAUUUUGUUGUACUAUAUGUAAUUUAGAAUUUACAAAUGGAUUUGGACUUAGGAAACACCUUCGACAACAUCAUAAAGAGUUACUUGUGAAAAAAAAUCCUGAUGAUGUUUUGCGUAAACGUCAAAAAUGUAAUAAAUGUAAUUUAUGGCUAAGCUCACCUUUAGCAUUACGAGUGCAUAUAAAAACCCAUUUGCCAAUUGAAGAGCGCAUGAAGACUUGCCCUAAAUGUAAUAAGGCUUUUAUUAAUGCACGGAGAUUCAAAAUGCAUGUAGAAACUCAUGGACCGUGUCCUAUUAAAUGUCCUGAGUGCCCCCGUUCAUUUCCUAACCAGGAACAUUUAGUUAAUCAUUUACAAUGCCACCAGUUGACAGAACCUGUGUUCUGUGAUAUUUGCAAACAUCAUUUUAAAACCAAAACUACAUUAAAAAAUCAUGUUGCAAGGGUACAUCAAGGCGUUCAGUAUGUUCAAAAAACAUUUACUUGUGUUUAUUGCAAGGUUGUAUUUGCCAAUAAAGAUGAACUGAAUAACCAUACUAACACACACACUUUUGAAGAAAAAGCAAAAGCAUUUGCUGGUGACGAGUAUGGAAAAGUCCAAUGUAACGUGUGUAAUAAAUAUUUCUUAUUCAAAUCACGAUUGACGAUGCAUAAAAUCUAUUAUCAUAGCAACCAAUGUCAGCAAUGUGGCAAAUUUAUAACAGACAAUUCAGCCAGCCAUUACUGUAAGCCUAGAGGUAGCCGAGCUCUGCAAUAUUGUUGUCAAUACUGCACGAGACGAUUCAGUUCCAAACAGCGUCUCAAUUUACAUGAACGUACACAUGGUCUGGACUAUCGUUACCAAUGUACCAUUUGUAAUAAAUGGUUCACUAAAAUGUCUGCAUUAAAAACACACAGCUACUCACAUUCUACUAAGAAGAAUUACCCUUGUGUUGUGUGUGGGGAAAUAUUCAACAUGAUUGGUGAGAUGAAAAAACACUUAAAACUGCAUAACCAGCAAGAAGCAGACAAUGAAUAUGAUGAUUUAGAUCCAGAUAAUGUACAGAGUGCUAUAACACUACCAAUUACAGGUACUCUGCCUCUUGCAAGAGCAGCACAAGUUACUACUUUACAGAUACCUAGUACAGAGACUGUUACAAAUAAUAAUUUUAAUUAUAUAAUUGGAGAUUUACCGUCACAUUGUACAGACGCUCCUGCAGAAUUACACUUGCAGUAAGGAUACCAUUCAUUUUUUUUUUCUGACUCAAGGAAAUGUCUCGUUAAAGGAGUUAUAAAUUUGAUUAAGUUUUUAUCAAUAUAUUGUAGUUAUGCAGAAAUUUGAACAAGUCCCUUUUAAACAGAUAAAAAUUAAUUGUGGCUUUUACUAAAAGUGGAAGGCUUCAAUCAAAAAAAAAAUUGGCUUCUGUAUUUUAGUUCUAGAUUAACCUAAAAAAGUGUAAAAAAAAUUAGUCGUCCUAUUGCUAUCACUAUAGUUAAUAAAUUACGAGAUUUUGUUAUUAAAAAUAAGUAAUAUAACCAUAUUAUAUACUUUUUUUAUUAUAAAAAUUAAAUAAAAUACAUUUUUAUUGAAUAUUGAGUGUGGUUGUCGGUAGGAUUAAGGCACGUUGGUUUAUUUUGCAACAAGUUGUGUAACCAUUUGAUACACCACUAAUAGUUGUUAAAAAUAACCCAAUGUAAGUUGCACUUAUGUGUAAUAGACGUUGAUAACCAUUGAUUUGUGGUGUAACUAUGUAAGGGUACUCCCAUUGAUCUAAUUUGAUUCCUCCGUACGGCAUCAUAUAAUAUGUUUAAAAAAUUUCCUAAAAGAAAUAAAAUAAUUUACCUCUAAAAACAUAUUCUCAUAAGACUUAAAACCCUUUAGGUAAAAAAGACUAAACUAUUCUAGCUUCUU